CAGACACUCACACAGAAUAUUACAAACAAAAACACACACACACAUGAUUAUAUGUAUGUAUAUAUGUGAACAUUAAGGGAGCUGAUGAAUAGAACAGACAAGAAGCAGGAGGGGUGGUUUCAGUUUCAUAAUUACAUUGAUACAAUACAGUACACUGAUACAGGCAUCAGGAAAAUUGGAUGCUGCCCAUGUGGGUACACUGUGAGCGGUUGGAUCAACACAUGAUGACACGACCAUAUAUGAUCCAAUAGCUUACAGCUCAUGUGGGUACUAACACACUCUGGGCGAUUAGCUUGUUUUCUUGGACUUGUUGAAGAACAGAAGUGUUCGCUUACACUAAUAAACAAUGGAGAGCGUAAAAGCUCCGUUCCGAGGAAUCAGAAAGGAUCUUACAGGCAGAUUACUUUGUUAUAAGCAGGAUUGGGUUGCCGGGAUUCGUUCAGGAUUUGGGAUUCUUGCUCCAACUACCUAUAUCUUCUUUGCAUCAGCUCUUCCUGUCAUUGCCUUUGGAGAGCAAAUAAGCCGAGAGACUGAUGGGAGCUUGAGCACCGUGGAAACUCUAGCUUCAACUGCUCUUUGUGGCAUCAUUCACUCGGUGGUAGGCGGACAACCUCUGAUGAUACUAGGAGUAGCUGAACCAACUAUAAUCAUGUACUCUUACUUGUACAAAUUUGCCAAAGGGAGAGAGGACUUAGGACAAAAGCUCUACUUGGCUUGGGCUGGAUGGGUCUGUGUUUGGACAGCUCUGUUGUUGUUCCUCAUCGCGAUCUUUAAUGUUUGCGCCAUCAUCAACAGAUUCACCAGGAUUGCUGGUGAAACCUUCGGCAUGCUGAUUGCCGUGCUGUUCAUUCAAGAGGCAAUCAAGGGAAUGGCGAGCGAGUUUGAAGUUCCAAAAGCCGAGGAUCAUAGUAUGCAAAAGUAUCAGUUCCAGUGGCUUUACACAAAUGGUUUGCUUGGGAUUAUAUUCUCAUUCGGCCUUCUUUACACUGCUUUAAAGAGCAGACGAGCACGUGCAUGGCGUUAUGGCACAGGCUGGAUCAGAAGCUUCAUUGCGGACUAUGGGGUGCCGUUGAUGGUCUUAGUUUGGACAGCAUUGUCGUAUGGCGUACCAGGCCGAGUUCCGUCUGGAGUUCCCAGAAGGCUCUUUAGCCCUCUUCCGUGGGAAUCUGUGUCAUUAUACCAUUGGACUGUCAUCAAGGAUAUGACAAAGGUUCCUCCAGUAUACAUCUUUGCUGCCUUCAUCCCGGCCCUGAUGAUAGCCGGGCUUUACUUCUUCGACCACAGCGUUGCUUCGCAGCUGGCACAGCAAAAGGAGUUCAAUCUCAAGAACCCAUCGGCCUAUCAUUACGACAUCUUCCUGCUCGGAAUAAUGACUUUGCUCUGUGGAUUGCUCGGACUGCCUCCUUCAAACGGAGUCUUGCCGCAAUCUCCUAUGCAUACUAAGAGCUUAGCUGUGCUCAGAAGACAGUUCAUCCGGAGGAAAAUGGUUAAAACAGCGAAAGAAAGCAUAAAGCGUAAGGCCAGCACUUCCGAGAUCUACGGACAAAUGCAGGCUGUUUUCAUAGAAAUAGACAAAUCUCCUGUUACGACAUUGGUGGUCAAGGAGCUGCAGAACUUGAAAGACGCGGUGAUGAAAACGGAGAAUGAAGGAGAAAAACCGGAGGGCGCCACUUUUGAUCCGGAGAAGUACAUCGAUGCAUACUUGCCGGUGCGCGUGAACGAGCAGAGAGUGAGCAAUUUGCUGCAGUCAGUGCUAGUGGCAGCAGCGGUGUGCGCCGUGCCGUUGCUCAAGUUGAUACCGACGUCGGUUCUUUGGGGGUAUUUUGCAUAUAUGGCCAUCGACAGUCUCCCGGGAAAUCAACUGUGGGAGAGGAUCUUGUUCCUCUUCGUUGCACCAAGCCGAAGAUACAAAGUUCUGGAGGGAGAUCAUGCUUCCUUCGUGGAGACAGUGCCAUUCAAGUACAUCGCGGCCUUCACAAUAUUCCAGUUCAUGUACUUGCUCUUAUGCUUCGGAGUGACUUGGAUUCCCAUAGCCGGAAUCCUCUUUCCGGUGCCCUUUUUCCUGCUCAUAAGCAUACGGCAACACCUUCUCCCCAAGGUGUUGAAGGCCACCUACCUCCGGGAGCUGGAUGCAGCCGGGUACGAGGAAAUUGCUGGAACGCCACAACGGUGUCUUAGUCUUACCACCAGAGAACAAGAAGGGCCUUAUCUUGGAAUAAGGGAAGGUGAAGUAGAAAUCAGUGAUGCUGAGAUUUUGGAUGAACUAACAACCAACAGAGGAGAGCUUAAGGUCCGGGCAAUGAGCUUCAGCGAGGAUCGACGCCCUCAGGGUUUGCAGGUUCAUCCGGAGGAGAAUAUACUAUCAGAAUGAUAGUAGAAACUGGGGUACAAAAAUCGUGCGUACAAAAUAUAUAUAUAUAUAUAUAAGAUGUAUAAGUUUGUGAUGGAGAAGAUUAAUCUCCCUUGUUUUCUGGAGAGAGAGAGAGAGAAAGUGGUUGCAAUUUCUCUAGAUAAGUUGGUUAGGACAUCAGUGUACCAUUGCACAAGAAGGAGCAGAUGUUGUUAAGUGGUUCAAGCAUGAAAGCUUUUGUUGCC